AUGUGGACCUUCCCUGCCCUGGAAGACUGCCGAGCGCCCUUCACUCCCACUCCCUUGUCCCUCAAGGGCCUCACCCACAUCGUGAGCUCCUCCCCUCAGCUCACGACGCUCGCCGUCAACAACAUCAGCGAUUGCGGCAGCCCCGGUUUCAUCGCUGCCCUGGGCAAGUCCAUGCGGCUCACCACCAUCCGUGGGCUGCACAUCACCGAGCGUGUGUUGAAGAAAGGUCAUCUGGCUGAGCUGCAGAGGUCUCUGGACACCCACUGGAGCAAAGAGGACAUGCGAGGUGAGUGACAGACGAGGUCUGUAGUGACAUGCUUGAUGCACUGAUGCCUUGUGGUUCUAUCAUCCAUCAUCCAUCCGAAGAUGAGUUUGUCUUCGACUGCCCCAUCGACCAUAACUUCGGCGACCUGACCCGCCCCCUGCACACGUUCCUCGAGUGGGCCCGACGAGUCGGCGCCACGGUCGAGUGGCGCUCGGUCGCGUGCGUGACGGUCGACUGCAGCAAGGAGCCGUCGACUGUCUUCCCUGCGGUGCGUGGCCCUGUAGCUGACGUGGUCAACCAACUCGCCAAACAAGCCGAGGAGGUAAGUGGGAUAACGAAUGGACAGACAAGGAACAAAUCGCAUGGUUCGUGUGUAUGGCUGCCUUCGUCCCAGGUGUUGCUGAUGUGUGGCGGCACGCCUCUGGACGAGUCGUGGAAGGACGUGCUAAACUUUCCCAACGUGACGCAACUGUGGAUCGGCAUUUCCCCCAUUCAUGACGGCGGUCAACGAGGACGGCAACAACGUCUGUUUUCCCGCAGUCGAGCACCUCGUGUGCCGCCUGGCGUAUCUGGGGUACGGGGACAACCACCCUGA